AUGCCUUUUUAUUUUUUAAUGAUUAUUCAACGUAUAGUUAAGUUUUUUAUUAGUUUUUGGACUUUUAUUUUUGUUACAAUACGUGGAUCGAGAAAAAAACUUAUUCAAUUUCAAUCAGUAAAAUAUUAUAAUUGUCCUCUACAACCAAUAUCAAUUCAUCGAUUACAUUUUUUGCCUAAGAAGAUUUUGGUAUUAGAUCUAGAUGAAACUUUAAUUCAUUCUCAUCAUGAUGGUUUUUCACGUAAUAUAGCAACUAAACCAAGUGGACCGCCAGAUUUUAUAGUUCGUGUUGAAAUUGAAAGACAUCCUGUACGUUUUUUUGUUUAUAAACGACCACAUGUUGAUUAUUUUCUUGAAGCAGUAAGUAAAUGGUAUGAACUUGUUAUAUUUACUGCGUCCAUGGAAAUUUAUGGUUCAGCUGUCACGGAUAAAUUAGAUAAUAAUCGAAAUAUGCUCUCACGUCGAUAUUUUCGUCAACAUUGUACGCUAGAAUACGGUGCAUAUUCAAAAGAUUUAUCUGUUAUUAAUAAAGAUCUGUCACAAAUAUUUAUUUUGGAUAAUAGUCCUAUAGCUUAUCGUUGUUGUCCACUGAAUGCCAUUCCAAUUAAAUCAUGGUUUUUUGAUCCAACAGAUACAUGUCUAUUAUCGUUACUUCCAUUUCUUGAUGCAUUACGAUUUUGUCAUGAUGUUCGUUCUGUAUUAGCAAUGAACUUACAUUUACAUCAAAAUCAAAUGAUAACAAGCACAAAUUCACUAACAACACAAGUUAUUCCAUUUUCUACGCAAUAA